GUCAGCACAGUAAAACCUUCUACAAGAAGUUUUGGCUCUUUAAUGUUUUAAGAUUAGUCCAUUUAUGCACCGCUGCUGUUUUAGCCAUCAAAGUGCUGCAUCAACAAUACAUUACAAGACGUUCACUGUCGGACGUUAAAUCUUCUGCUGUGAGUAAUGUCCCCAUACUUGUGAGGUGUUUUGUAGAGAAUAAAGUCUUUUGCUGAUUUUGUCUGACAUUGCUUAUAUAAAUAGUUCAAGUAAAAAAAAAGGUUUAAUCUGCUUGAUUUCAUGAACUAGAUGUGUACCCGCAUCAUUAUCUUGCUGUUCUGCACUUUUGAAUGCACAUUGAGGAUCACCCUGAGACUCCCAAGUGCUCUGGUUACAUUGAAGUGUGUCAUUCUGCGUUCAGAAUGCACAUGAGGAGAUUUGUGCCACUCUGUAUUGGUGCCUUUUUAUUAUAUUGUAGCAUUCUCUAUCUGAUGAAGCACCAGGCAUUUUCGGAAUUACUCAGGCUCUUUUAUUAUUCAAAGUUUCCCAACUUGAAUACAGAAACUGAAUAUCCGGGUUACUGUUAAGGCCAUAACCCAUGCCAACAAACACAGUUCUUCCAUAUUGAGACCCCAGAACUGAAAAAAAGAGCAGGUAAAACAGUCCACUCAUCCGCCCAAUCAGCCACAUGUUUUUUAAUCGGCUACCAAUCAGUGAACAUGUCAAUCUCAAUAAACUUACAGAACUCUAACACUUAAAGGAGCAUAAACUCCUUCAUUUCAAAUGACAUUACAAUAUUCUUGCAAUAAAAUGUUAUAGUUAUUAUGCCUAUAUUUUUGUUGAAUAUCAGUUAGUUACUAUGUUGAAGUGCUUCGCUUAGCGUCCGUAUGUCCUUCUGAAACACAUCUGAUCAGGGCAGGGGCGGAUUAACCACGGGGCCGAUUGGGCCAUUGCCCAGGGGCCUCUAAACCUAAGGGGCCUCAAGCUCUAAAUCAGUUAUUUAUUUAUUUUGAGAUAUCUAUUAUAAAUCCACAUAAAUGUCAGCCUUAUGUGAAAUACCAUUUGUUCGGCCGAAGUCCUGCAUGCAUUUAUUGUUUAAUGAUAAAGCUUAAGAUCCCUUAAAACCCUAAAUAUGUGUACAGUAACCGUUUGUAAUAUCUGGUUAACCGCGAAAGUUCAUGAACGGUUAUUCUUUUAUUUGUCGGGAGUCGACUCGGGAAUAAAGAACAUUUAUUGCCAUGGUGUGUCAAACACAAACUCAGAUUAGCAGGGAAUAAAGUACACAGUGAGCUAUGAGCCUAAACAGCACAUUUAAGUCAAACAAAAAUAAUCUCUGUCUCUGCCUGUAACAUAGUUGACCAAUUCUUAAUCAAUGGAAAAUGCGUAAUUCUGCCUGGGCAGGUUCAUUUUCCAUGAGGCAGCCAACGCUACGGUUUAUAGGACUUCUUUGGGACGCAUUUUUUUUUAAAUGAUUCAGCAUUUAACUUGUGUAAGUAUUGUCUGCACACUAGAGCAAAAGUGAAAAAAAAAAAAACAUUGUCUCACCGUUUAUCAAGCGCUGAAACUUUGCCAGGUGAAAAACAAUCUGGAAUCAUGUGUAACAGUCAAAAUAAGUCCUCUUUACAAUCUAAACUUCAUCAGAAUGUCGAUUUGUGACACCUGCACUGAUAAAGCUUGAUGCAGCACAACAAAUGGUGAAACAGAACACAGGUGUCUCAAGAUGCAUUUAUAAAUAUUAAAGUUCUUUUAACUUAACAGUGUCUACAAAAUGCGACGGUCCGGCACAACGAAUUGUAAAACAGAAGGCAGGUGUCUUGAGAUGCAUUAAUAAAUACUGAAGCUCUUUUAAACUUAACAGUGUCUAAAAAUGCGACGGUCCUGCGUGGUAAGCUGAAAAAGGUGAGUUGUGGCGCAACGAUCAAAGAUGUCUGUCCAGUGUGUUUACGUAGAAAAACAGCGCAGAUGCACUCGUGAACAGGCCAUAACUCGUCCUAUAGACUUCUUGAAAAACUGACCCAAACCUGGCCCAAAACCUGAAGGUUUGUCAGGUACCGUCGGACUCGGAUCAGGUUGAAGACCUCUAAACACGUGCAGAAUAACCAAAUAGUGAUUUUGGUAUUUGAAUACAAGCGCCGUGCAUAUCCCUAUUAAUAACGCAUGAUUUUAGAUCGGUUUAUAAUUAAAAAGUACAUAUGAUUGGCCGUGUAAGCCAUUGCUCCAAACCUUUCUUUCGUCUAUUUGAAAAAUCAAGUUUUCUCUCAGUUCUUAAUCUGUCCUUGGAUCGGGGUCAGGUGAACAUAACAGAGCCAAAUUAUACAUUAUUAUCCUUAACAGCGACUAGUUACAGUAACUAGUUGUUCAAACAACCGACCGACUAGAUGAUUAUUGAAAUUGGUAGCUUUGCACAUCUCUGUUCCAAACCUGUAUGACUUUCUUUAUACUAUGAAAGACAAAACAAGAUGUUUCACUUAUAAAUCAUCUUUCUUUUUUUCAUCCAAUGAAAGUGAAUGGUGACUGAGGCUGUCAGUCCCUAAAAUUCUCCCUAACAUCUCCAUUUUUGUUCAACGGAAGAAAGAAAGUCAUAUGGGUUUGGAAGAAAUUGAGUGUGAGGAAACGCAGACAAAAUGUUAAUUUUCAGGAGAAACAUACUUUUAUUCAGUGAAAACUGUCAAGUCUUAUUUACUACAAUGGCAAUUAAUAUUUAUGCUGUCUUAGCAGUAUUUCACUGAACCAGACCCUUUCUUAUGCAUCACACUAGUCCAAAAGCACAACACAUAUACAAAUACAAAGGAUUAAGGAUUAAACAGAUUUGUUUUUAUAAUGCUCUACUUGCCCACCCAUGUCCAUUUGAACCUCAGCCCAGUUUCUUUAUUUCUGCUAGGUGUGGGACACUGAACUGGAGCAGAGUGCUGAGGAAUGGGCCGAAACCUGCUUGUGGGAGCAUGGCCCAGCUGGCCUGCUGCCUCAGAUUGGACAGAACCUGGGAGUGCACUGGGGAAGCUUGUUUGGGCGACUAGUAGUCGAAUCGGCUGUGCGAUCAAUGUGUGCUACAACAUGAAUGUCUGGGGCCAGAUCUGGGCAAAAGCGGUUUAUCUCGUGUGCAACUACUCACCAAAAGGUAACUGGUGGGGAUAUGCCCCAUAUAAACAUGGCUCCCCUUGCUCUGCCUGUCCACCCAGCUAUGGAGGAGUGUGCAAAGAAAACCUCUGUUAUAAAGGUGAUGGAACAAAUAGACAAAGCCCACGUGAGGAAACAGAAGAAAGAAACUCUGUAGAACCUGAGGCACCUCAUAGCCCUGGACCCCGUUUACGGGCCCCAAGUCCAACCAGACGCCCAAACCCAGUUGUGAGCAAAGAGCAGAUGUCCCAGAUUGUGAUGUGCGACACAAAGCUGAGAGACCAGUGUAAAGGCACUACAUGUAAUAGGUACGAGUGUCCUGCUGGUUGUUUAGGCAGCAUGGCAAAAGUGGUUGGAACAGUGUAUUAUGAUAUGCAAUCCAGCAUUUGCCGGGCAGGUAUUCAUUAUGGCGUCAUUGACAAUGAUGGUGGUUGGAUGGAUGUCACAAGACAAGGCAGAAAGGAGUUCUUCAUUAAAUCAUACAAAAAUGGAGUCCAGUCUCUUGGGAAGUACCAGAGUGCCAAUGCUUUCACAGUAUCAAAAGUGACAGUAAAAGUUAUAACAUGUGUGACUACAGUUUCUGUGUUAUGUCCUUACCAAAAGUCUGGAAGACACUGUCCAAGAAUUUACUGUCCUCAGAACUGCAUGCAAGAAAAUCCCCACCUUUCCAGAGUCAUUGGCACUACAAUUUAUUCAGAUAAAUCUAGUAUAUGCUGGUCAGCAAUUCAUGCUGGUGUCUUAAACAACGAGUUAGGUGGUUACAUUGAUGUGAUGCCAACCAACAACAGGAAGCUGUACAUUUCCUCUUACCAGAAUGGCAUAUUAUCAGAAAGCCUGCAGAACCCCGUGGGAGGCAAGGCAUUCAGAGUGUUUGCCGUUAUUUGAGUGUGUGCUGAAACCGUUGGUCACUCAUCAACUGUUGAUUAGGCUGUAAUCGUGCCCAUUGUGAGGGCUGUUCUGCUUUAAACCAGCCUAUAUUUCCUUUCACACAAAUGUUGACUGAACUAAGUAUUUGCUGUAUAGACGGAGAGCCCCUCCAAUGCAUCAAGUUGAUUAGCCAUUGUCUUGCCUAAAAAGCAUGUAAUUAGAGGAUCUUUCAGGGAAUAUGGUGUCUGUAUUGCAGAGAAAAUUACUUAAGAGGUUUUAAUCUUUUAUUAUAUUCACUAAGCACAUUUCAGCGAGUGUUACAGCAUAUCUAUGACAUCUUCUAGUUUCAUUACAUGCUGAAUAUGCAUCUAGUUCUCACUCAUUUAUAAUUUUCUUCAUUUGUCCACUAGGCCUAUGUAUUUAUUUUUACCAUUUUGUUGCUUUAGAGCAAUAAAGGACUGCUGAUAAUGUUUUUAUUUUUAAAUGUUUGAGUUUAGUUUUUGAGAUUUUGCUGAUUAUUGUGAUGAUAAUAAAGAAUGUGGAAAUAAUCCUGCAGGGCAGGAACAAAAGAUUGUAUGAAACUUUGAGCUCAUUUAACAUUCUGUAAAUAGCUUGUUGUAAAUAGCCUGUUCAUAGUGUUAAUUGAAUGAGGUGCUGUAUUCGUGUUUGUAUUGUAAUUAAUUAGCAUAAAAACGAAUGCAUUGUCAUUGAAUGAUUUAGUAGGUUGGUAAAAGCAAGCAUUUGUUCAUAAUACAAACAUUUGAGGUGCUUUUCAUUUGUAAAAUGUUUUGAAAGUCUGUAUUUCCUUAGUGUAUGCAUAUGAUUGUACAUAUUAUUUUUCCUACCUCAUAUUGUCUAAACAUUUUACAUUAAAUUUAAGUAA